CUGGGCCUCGUCUUCUGAUUGGUCAAAGAUUUUCUGUUUCGUUUUGGUUGUUUUUUGUUUCCUAUAGAACAACAUUUGAGAGCAUACACUGACAUCAUUGUGGACUUCUGGUCAACAAGGUUGUAUCGUGUAGAUUUUGUGUAGAGAAAUGAAGGAAACUGUUUCUGUAUAUCUGUUUCUGUGCCUCUGUGGACUGAGCUCCAGUUUCUAUAGAAGACACUUUUAUGUGACGCAGCGAAUGCAAUGGAAUGAUGCGCAGACGUACUGCAGAGAGCAUUAUGAUGACUUGUCCACUACUACCACACAAGAGUUAAAGAAGAUGACAAGUAAUCCAAACCUUAUUGAUAGAUAUGUUUGGGUUGGAGCAUACCAAAACCCUGCAAACUCCUCAGAAUGGUUUUGGUCUGGAGGUGAGAAACAACCAGUUGAACAGUGGAACCCUGGAGAACCAAACCUUCUGGAUCGUGAGAAAUGUGCUAAUAUAUAUAAAGGGAAAUCUGGACUGACCAAUAAUCCGUGCGAUAAGACUUUAUCAUUUUAUUGUAUGGACUACUAUGAAACGAUAGUGGUACAGGAGAGUAAGACAUGGGAAGAGGCUUUGGACGACUGCAGACAAAACUACGUUGAUCUUGUCAGUAUCGCCUCUGAGAGGAAUAUGGCAGAGGUGAUAAAAAACAUCACAACAUCACAGACAGCUUAUGUAUGGACUGGACUUCGAUUUUUAGCUGGUGAUUGGUUUUGGGUCAGUGGUGAUGAUAUUGGAUAUGAAGCCUGGUCUGUGGAGGGGGAGCUUCAGUGCCCUACCAAAAAUCUCAAGUGUGGAGCUUUGGAUAUAAAAAAUAAGGUUUGGAAACCUGCAGACUGUGAGGAGAGAUUAAACUUUGUCUGUAUUAAGAAUUAAAUAAACGGUCUGAUGUUAUGUGAAGAGCCUUAUAAGCUCAACCAUCCCUUACAUUUGUAAAAAAAAAUCAUAUAUAAUCUAUCUAAUAAGUCUUUGAUCCAUAAAAAUGUAUGGUUAUAGACAAUGUAUAAUGUUUUUAAAUUAUUCAUAGGGUGCAUACUGUAAAAUGUAUAAAAGAAUAUUUAGUGUUUAAUUGAAAUUUGUACAGGUACAUUCUAAAAAUAGCUGAGUUAUUUUUGACCCAUAAUGGGUAAAUAUUGGACAAAACGCAUGCUGGGAUAAAAAUGACCCAAUGUUGGGUUGUUGUUAUGCAACAUGGGGUAUAAUUACCCAGCAGUUGGGAUUGUUUUCUGUCCAGUAUUUGCCCAUUAUGGGUCAAAAUUAAGCCAGCCAUUUUUCGAGUGUAUGUACUGCUGGUUAUGGCAUAAACAUGUAAGUAUCUUUAAUGAAAAGGCACCUUCUUGCCUAGUUGGACAAAUUUUACAUUUUUAUUUAAAACUUUGGGAAAAAGGCUGACUUAAAAAAAAUAAGUCUAUUGAUAACUUGAGUGAAUUUAACUUAAACAUUACAGCUCUUCCAACAUUUUAAUCACAUUCAAUUCAGUACAUUUGUAAUUUAUUUAACAUAAA